CUUGGAUUUGCGCGACCUUAGUGAAAGAUACGUCACACCUGCACAGAGAACAACUGGGAGGAACCCGGGCUCGAGGACUGAAGACGUCAAUGAUCUGACUUUAACAUUUGCCACAAGAGGGAGAGAGCAUGCUGAUGUGUGUGAAGGACUCGCGCGCUGCACGCAUCUGUAUGUAGAUUACACAGAUGAGACAUCACAUCUCCGGCGACAUGACACGCGUCUCUCAACUCCUGAAAGUCGACAAGAACAUUCCUGAGCCAUGACCAUUGACUGUUAGAAAAAGAUAAGUGAACUUUUCGACACCAGAAACCUAUCAGAAAUCAGCAGCGCCCACUAGCUUCUCUUGAAUCCUCUGCCAUGGAGGACGCAAACAUCAGUCACUUGGCAGCCGUCUUUGUGAACCCUCAUAGUCAGGUGCCCGUUCUAGACGUUCACGACACUUACACAGACUUCUACGACAUGGACUAUGGUGUUCCUGCAGAUGAGAUGCCGGACACCACGCAAGGACUGGCCUACUUCGUGGCCACCAUCGUCAUCGGAGCCGUGCUCGUCUGCAUCAUUCUGGUGUGCGGCUUCGGCAACUUACUCUUCAUAGCCACUCUGGCCCGAUACAAGAAACUCAGGAACCUCACCAACCUGCUGAUCGCCAACCUGGCCAUCUCUGACUUCAUAGUAGCUGUGGUCUGCUGCCCUUUCUUGGUGGAUUAUUACGUGGUCAAGCAGCUCUCCUGGGAUCAUGGCAAAGUGUUGUGUGCCUCCGUCAACUACCUAAGGACUGUGUCUCUCUAUGUGUCUACCAAUGCCUUACUGGCCAUCGCCAUUGACAGGUAUAUGGCCAUCAUUCAUCCCUUGAGGCCCAGAAUGAAGCACCAGACAGCAUACUGUCUCAUAACUGGGGUAUGGAUUGUCCCAGUGCUCAUUUCCAUUCCCUCUGCUUACUUCGCGUCCGCAACCAAAGUCCCCAAUGGAUCCAACCGAAGCAAGACCUUCUGUGCCCAGAUCUGGACGGUGGACCAGCAGCUGUACUAUCGCUCAUAUUUCCUGUUUAUCUUUGCCGUGGAGUUUGUGGGCCCAGUGCUCACCAUGGCCCUGUGCUAUCUAAGCAUUUCGAGAGAGCUCUGGUUCAAGAGUGUGCCAGGUUUCCAAACUGAGCAGAUCCGCAAACGUCUGCGCUGCCGGAGGAAAACUGUCAUGGUGCUGAUAGGCAUUCUCACAGCAUACAUCCUCUGCUGGGCUCCAUACUAUGGCUACACCAUCCUGCGUGAUUUCUACCCCACGCUCAUCUCCCGAGAGAGGAACUCCCUUGUGGCUUUCUACAUUAUCGAAUGCAUCGCCAUGAGCAACAGCAUGAUCAACACAUUCUGCUUUGUCAGUGUAAAGAACAACACUGUCAAAUAUUUCAAAAGGAUCGUUCUCCUUCGCUGGAAAUCCACCUACACCUCCAGGAAGAGCACAGAUGAGACAGACAUCAAUCCCCAGCUCACCAAAUGUAGAAAAGGAGUCGAGCUGAGUGGUUUUCACGUCACCCAUAUUACAGAUGAUUAAAGUGAACUGAUGAUGUUGCUUAUGGGUGUGGUUCUGCAGAUGAAUAUCGCCUGGCAGAUGUUAUAUUUUAGUAAUGUGUAACUCAUCCCUUAAAGCAUUGAGAAUGGCAAAGCAAUGGUUCAGUAUAGAACUAAUUGGUUAUAAGUAUAGAAACAUUUUUUGGCAAAAUAUUUUGAUCCAGUCAUUUAAACAUGUGUCAGGAGAAUCAACACCUUUUGCAAUGCUUUGUGAGAAUGGUUCAGUAUGCUGAAACUUUUUAAUUGCAGAUCUAUGUUGUCAUGGUAACAGCCUUCUCUGAAUGGUGAAGGGUUUAUUCUGUAUUAUGGGUAGUGUAGUUAUUUACAUUAAAAAUGAAAAAUUUUCAUAUGGAAAGUUCAUAUUGUAUCGUUAAAAAUCAAUUUCUCUAUGAAUAAAAUGAGUGGGAUUUUUACAAAACUGCAGUGCUCGAUUGUUGAAAAUAACAAAAUACAAUCGUUUUCAGAAGUAUUUGUACAAAUAAAUGUAUGGCCUCAUUGAACCACCACUCAUUAGUUUACUGUUACAUAAUAUAGAUUAUUUAAAAACCAGUCUGAUUAGUGAGGUCCUUUAUCAGUGGAUGUUUUAUAUGUAAAAGUGUAUCUUUACUUGGUUCUGAAAUGUGGUUGUUUUGCUGUCUUUUGUGUUGGUUGGUACAGUAUCUGCAUGCAUUCUAGCCAAAUAAAGUAGAACCUGA